AUGAGGAAUGGUUUCACAACUACACGCCUAGGUAUAUUAAAUGAACAGCUAGCAGCCCACACACAGCGGUCCACACCGUCAACCGAAAUGGAAGAGGACCUUUCAGACCUCCUCGACACCCACCAGGACCGACCGACCGAAGUCAGACGUCGAGACCAGGUCAAGAUCAUCACCACUCCCUAG